AUGAUCGUGCCACCACCAGCACAAUACUAUCAGAUGGUCGUUGGCCCCUCCAUACAUCUACCAUCAUCAAUACCCUCCUGCAGUAGUCACGCAGCUUUGCGCAGUGAUUCAGCUGGAUCUAUUGGGUUUAGGCUGGAUGAUGGAGUUAGAAAAAAAGGGCUAAUAUGCAUUACUCGGCACUUCAACAGCUACUGGACCAGCUGGCAAAAAGUUCCAGAACCUGACAGGGAUAGAAUGUUUGAAGAAUUUAAGGACGAAUAUACGCGUCUUGUUGCUAAGAAUCGUAGUAGUCAGCCUCCUGAAAGUCAGGGUGACCCAAUACCCAAGUGUUCACCCAGCGAUGCAUACUGUAGCUCUUCAGUUGAUAGAGAAACCAUUGAAAGACUACAAAAUAUGAUUUCUCAACUCACUAAAGAACUUGCUGAACAGAGAGAGUGGUUUCCAUCACUUGGUGGCAUAGUAGCAGCACAAGGAGAGGACGCCAAAAAGGCAGCAACGGAGUUGCUGGUUGAAGGUCUGGUGCUGUUGGAAGAUAUCUUCAAGAAUUGCAGCAAAGGCAAGACGUUCUUUGGUGGUGACACAAUUGGGUACUUGGACAUUGCACUUGGCUGUUUCUUGGGUUGGCUGAGGGUGACUGAGAAGAUGAACAACGUAACGCUGCUUGAUGAAUCCAAGACUCCAUGUCUGUACAAAUGGGCUGAAGAUUUUUGUGCUGAUAGUGCUGUCAAAGAUGUCAUGCCUGAAACUGAUAAGCUUGCCGAUGCUGCGAAGGUCAUUAUGGCUAAAAUGAGAGCCCAAGGAUCAAGAUGUGUGUCUUGGUAG